GGAGAGGAACACCGAUCCCCCACUCCACCUCACCCCGGAGAGGAGAGGAGAGAAGAGAAGAGAAGAGGAGAAAAGAAAAGAUCCGAUCCGGCGGAUCGAAGCGCAACCACCGUCUCGACGUCUCGUCUCGCCCUAUCCGUUUCCUCCGUUUCACACUCUCCUCCCUCACCCCUUCCCCCGUUCCCCUUCCUUGGUAUAAGUCCUCCCUUGCUAUUUCCGCCUCACAUCCGACCACAAAUCCGCACCCCCAGGACCAGCAGCAGCAGCCAUGACGCCCUCCGCCGUCGCCAACCUAGCCGGCGCCUCCCCGCUGCCCGCCUUCGCGCCGAGGCCCAGGUCCAGGCCCAACUCGGCCAGCCCGGGCCCGUUCGGGCCCGCGCCGCGCCGGCUCGCCGUCGCCGCCCCGCCGCGGGCCUUCUUCUCCUCCGCGCCCUACCAGCCGCCGGAGCCGGAGGGCUACUCCUCCGUCCGCGAGUACGGCCUCGUGCCCAUGGUCGUCGAGACCACCUCCCGCGGGGAGCGCGCCUACGACAUCUUCUCCCGCCUGCUCAAGGAGCGGAUCGUCUGCAUCCACGGGCCCAUCGCCGACGAGACGGCCUCGCUCGUCGUCGCGCAGCUGCUCUUCCUCGAGUCCGAGAACCCGCUCAAGCCCAUCAGCCUCUACAUCAACUCCCCCGGGGGCGUCGUCACCGCCGGGCUCGCCAUCUACGACACCAUGCAGUACAUCCGCUGCCCCGUCAACACCAUCUGCAUCGGCCAGGCCGCCUCCAUGGGCUCCCUCCUCCUCGCCGCCGGCGCGCGCGGGGAGAGGCGGGCGCUGCCCAACGCCAGGGUCAUGAUCCACCAGCCCUCCGGCGGGGCCCAGGGCCAGGCCACCGACAUCGCCAUCCAGGCCAAGGAGAUCCUCAAGCUGCGCGACCGCCUCAACAAGAUCUACGCCAAGCACACGGGCCAGAACAUCGACAAGAUCGAGCAGUGCAUGGAGCGUGACCUUUUCAUGGACCCCGAGGAGGCGCGCGAAUGGGGGCUUAUAGACGAGGUCAUCGAGAACCGCCCGGCCUCCCUCAUGCCUGAGGGCCUCAGUGCCGUUGACCCGCCUCACCACGGUGGGGGCGCCGGCGCCAACGGCCGUGGCAGGGACAGGGAUAUGGAGGAGCCCUCCGCUGUAUGAGGGGUGGCCACGAAGGUGAAACCUUUUCCUGAGUCCGGUGGCUAUGUUGUUUGUUGUUAGAUCUAAGUUUUGAUGAUUCCUAAUACAACAGGUCAACUUGGUAUCUUCUCCCUGUUGUUUCAAUUGCCUGAACUGAGCUAUUGCUGAUAUUAUUGCAACUCGUAAAAGGGAUUUCAUUCCUUUGGUACUGAUAAAUUGAUAGUGUGUUGAAUGUCCGUUA